GGUCCGGUUUUUUCUUCAUUUCUGUCUCGUGAUCAGUACAAUCAGUGUAGACGUUUAACUCCCGAGAGUUAGUUGUUCAGCGAGGAAGAAUUUUUUAAAUAUGCGGGUACUUGUUAUUGGAGCCGGAAGUGCUGGACUAGCUGCCCUCAGACAUUGCGUAAAGGAUUUGAAAAAGUCGGCAGAGAGUGCAACAAUUGGAACCCGAAAAAUUAGUGAAGUUGUUUGUUAUGAACGAUGCGAUAAAAUUGGGGGGACUUGGGUCUAUACUGAAAAAAUUGGAGUUGAUAAGUAUGGGCUGCCCAUUCACUCCAGCAUGUAUGAUAGCCUAAGGACUAAUUUGCCGAAAGAAGUCAUGGGAUAUCCAGACUUCCAAUACGAUGUGAAAACCACCAAAAGCUAUCUGACGCGUACGGAAAUCCUAGAUUUCUUAGAGCGGUACUGCGACCACUUUGACAUUCGCCAAUACAUACAAUUUGUUCAUAAUGUGGAGCUGAUCGAACCUUCCCUUGAAGAGGAAAAUCAGAAGCAAUGGAAAGUAACGGUGAGGAAUCUCAAAGAGGGACUGACGAAGGUAGAAUAUUUUGAUGCGAUUAUGGUCUGCAACGGUCAUUAUUUCCAACCGUAUGUACCAACCAUUGAAGGCAACGAGAAGUUCAAAGGAAAAAAAUUGCACAGCCACGAUUAUCGAGUUCCUGACGCUUUCGAAAAUAAAACUGUUGUUGUUGUUGGUGCAGGACCGUCAGGAAUGGAUUUGGCUUUGGAGAUUUCGAAAAAGGCCCGAAAUGUUAUCUUAAGCCAUCACAAUAAAGAUCCAAUCCGUACAAUCUUCCCAGAAAAUGUAAUUCAGCUUCCCGAUAUAAAAAAAAUGUUGGAAAACGAAGUGGAGUUCGUGGACAACACUAGAAGAGAAGUUGACGUUAUUUUAUACUGCACUGGAUACAAGUACAAUUUCUCAUUCCUAUCCCGGCAAUGUGGGGUGAGAGUUGAAGAUAAUAUGGUGACACCACUUUGGAAGCAUCUCUUGUCUGUGGAAAAUCCAACAUUAGCUCUUAUCGGUCUUCCGUUUUAUGUCUGUGCCUUCAGCAUGUUCGAUUUACAAGUACGAUUUGUCGUGGAGUAUUGGACAGGAAAAAAAACAUUGCCAUCAAGAGAGCAGAUGGUUGCUGAGGAGACUCAAGAAUUAGAGAAGAAAAAACUACAAGGACUGAAGAAACGUCAUUUUCACAUGAUGGGGCCUGAGCAAGGUCGUUACUACGACGAUUUAGCCAUUACUGCUGGGCUCAUUCCUCUACCCCCUGUUCUCACGAAACUCCACAAUGAGAGUAGUCUGCGAUUCCUAGAGGAUCUUGUUCACUAUCGAGAGGAUAGAUAUCAAAUAUUAGAUGACUUUAAUUUUGUUCAAUUGUAAUUCACAUCUAUAUCGAGCAAUUCGAAGCAAUAAACCGCCACGAUAUCAACAUAUUA